UCCUCCAGGCGGGGAGCCGGCCGGGUUUGCGGCUGCGCAAACGGCCGUGACCCGGAAGCUGUUCUUCGGCCCGGUGACACGUAGCAACGGGACCGGUCACGGGCGUCUGCCGCUGCACCGGGGCGGGGGGGGGGGGGCUAUUUUCUGGCCGCCGCAGCGCCCGAUCGUUUGCAAUGUCAGGGUUUGACAACUUCAGCACGGAUUUCUACCAGACAAGUUACAGCAUCGAUGACCAGGCCCAGCAGUCCUACGAUUACAGCGGAAGCGGGGGACCGUAUAGCAAACGGUAUCCCGGCUGUGAGCUACCCCAGCAAGGAGGCUUCGUCCCUCCAGACAUGAUGCAGCCCCAGCAGCCGUACACGGGACAGAUCUUCCAGCCGGCGCCGGCCUACGCUCCCGCCACGCCCCAGUCUUUCUACGGAAGCAACUUCGAGGACGAGCCGCCCCUCCUGGAAGAAUUAGGAAUCAAUUUUGACCACAUCUGGCAGAAAACAUUAACAGUCCUCCACCCGUUAAAAGUAGCAGAUGGCAGCAUCAUGAAUGAGACGGAUUUGGCCGGGCCAAUGGUUUUCUGCUUAGCCUUCGGAGCCACGUUGUUACUGGCUGGCAAAAUUCAGUUCGGCUACGUAUACGGGAUCAGCGCGAUCGGCUGCCUAGGAAUGUUUUGUCUUUUGAACCUGAUGAGCAUGACGGGGGUCUCGUUCGGCUGCGUCGCCAGCGUUCUCGGGUACUGCCUUCUUCCCAUGAUCCUCCUUUCCAGUUUCGCUGUGGUGUUUUCAUUGCAAGGACUGGUGGGAGUUCUCCUGACUGCUGGAAUUAUCGGCUGGUGCAGUUUUUCGGCUUCCAAAAUCUUUAUCUCCGCCUUGGCCAUGGAUGGACAGCAGCUUCUGGUCGCAUACCCUUGUGCUCUGCUCUACGGAGUCUUCGCCCUCAUCUCUGUGUUCUGAACUGAGUAUCUUGGAAAUCGGACACCAGUGGGCCAAAUACAGAAAUAUAGAAAU